AUGCAUAACAAAAGAAAUAAAACUAUUGAUAAUUCAGAACCCUCAGGAAAUAUAGAGGGGACAAUACACGAAUGCGUUCAUUUCAUUUUGUGUCGUGAGGGAAGUAAAAUACCUAUAAAACGUAGUGAAAUCAAGGAUCACCUAAAUACCACUUGUCAAAUGCCUCCAAGUGAAAUAAACGGUAUUAUUGUGCAAGCAGAAAAGUUGCUAAAAAGAAUAUAUGGAUACAAACUUGUACAGAUACCCUCGAAAACCGGUAUUCAGUAUAUAGCAGUUUUAGAAGAACCCUGUGAAGAGUCAUUUCUUUCUACAACCGUAGAUUUACACCAACGCCAAUUGCUAAUUGCUGUACUAACACAUAUAUUUAUGAGUGGGGGUUCAGUGAAAGAUGGUGAUAUGUGGACCUUCCUUAGUGAAGCAGGUCUUCUCAAAGAGACUGAUAAUGCUGGUAAAAAGAUUUUAACAAACCUAUUUACUAAACAACAUUAUUUGACGUACACCAAGGUUGGAGAGAGUGAAUUAGCUAAACAUAUAUUUCAGUGGGGCCAACGAGCGAAAGAGGAAGUUCCAAAAAUGUUUCUGCUCAAAAAAAUGGCAAAAGCAUUGGACAGGGAACCAUCUGAUUGGACAGAGCAGUAUAAAGAUUGUUCAUUAUAA